AUGAACUGGGAAUCCGAACUCGAAAACGACACGGCCGUCAAGGUGGCGGGAAUCGACAUUGACGGCAUUGUGCGGGGCAAGUCCAUCUCCAAAGCCAAGUUCCUCAGCGUCAUCUCCAAGGGAUUUGGCUUCUGCGGCGUGAUUUUCGGAUGGGACAUGCACGACAAAAACUACACCAAGGAGCUGACUGUCAGCAACAAGGACAAUGGCUACCGCGACCUGCUGGCCAUCAUCGACCUGUCGUCGUUCCGGCGGCUGCCGUGGGAAAACAACAUCCCCUUCUUUCUUGUGCAUUUCAAGGACUCGGUCACCCAGGAGGAAAUCGCGCCGUGUCCGCGCUCGCUGCUCACCGCCGUUACCGGACUCUACUUCAAGGACAAGAUGAAGGCCAUGGCCGGAGCAGAGCUCGAGUUCUACAACUUUUGCCUCGACAGAAAAGACCUGCCGGACUCGUUCGCAAAACUGCCCCCCAUCUCUACAGGCAUGUUUGGAUACUCGGUCCAGCGCCCAGCCCUCAACGGAGACUACUUCCAGGCCGUCUGGGACACCGCCCUCAAGAUUGACGCGCCCCUGGAGGGCUGGCACACAGAAACAGGACCAGGAGUGCUCGAAGCAGCCAUUGCGUUCGACGAGGUCAACAAACUGGCCGACAAGACUUCGUUGUUCAAACUCAUGGUCAAAUCCAUCGCCCCACAGUACAAGGUGAUCCCCUGCUUCAUGGCCAAGCCCCAGCAGGGCAUGCCGGGCAAUUCCGGCCAUCUGCACGUGUCUCUGGUGGACCAGGAGUCCGGGAAAAACCUGUUUGCACGUGAUCAGCCCGACCCCAACCCCGAGUGGCCCGACGUCGAGUACCUGUCUGAUUUGGGCCGCCAUUUUCUCGCCGGAGUGCUUGACGGCCUCCCAGACAUUAUGCCCAUGUUUGCGCCCACCAUCAACUCGUACAAGCGUCUGGUGGAGAACUUUUGGGCGCCGGUGACAGUGAGCUGGGGUCUGGAGCACCGGAUUGCGUCCAUCCGACUCAUUGCACCCCCCACAGGUUCUGCCAGUGCCACCCGGUUUGAAAUCCGAACUCCCGGAGCCGAUGUGCAACCCCAUUUCGCUCUGGCCGCCAUUCUAGCGCUGGGACACCGAGGAAUCGCCAAAAAGAUGCCCCUGACCGUGCCUCCCAUGGGCGACAGUUCUCCAGACAAGUUUGAACGGCUGCCCAGGGACUUGAUGCGGGCCACGGAGCAUUUCAUGAGACCCGACAGUUUGGCCAGGGAGCUGUUUGGCGACAAGUUUGUCGAGCACUAUGGAGAGACGAGAUUGCAUGAAUGUCGAGAGUUUAUGGAGUCGGUCACCGCGUGGGAGGUUGAUCGGUACAUUGAGACGGUCUAA